AGUGCUAUAUAAAUAAACUUGACUUGACUUGACUUGACUCCUCAAAUCAACAUCUACGCUGGUAAAACUUGAAGAUUGGGUGUUACAACAGGACAGCGAUCCCUGACAUACGUCAGUUUCAGUCAUAUAUGACCUUUAUGAUGGCCUCAGAAGUGCUGCUGCAAACGUCUCUUAAAACAGUCUUUCCGAUAAAUUUGAUGUCUAAAUUGAAUAGCCUUACGAUGAAGCCCCUGGAAAACAAUUAUACUAAAUGCGUUACUUUCAAAGUGACCUCAUCUCACAUUUCUCGCCCUUUUUUUCUCUUGCAGGGUUUUAUAAUGUUGCAUGCACAGAGCGGUGGCCCAGCUAGAUGUACGGCAUAGUAGAAAGGAGAAAAAAAUUCUGUAUGUGUAGUGAGGCGAUGAUUCGCGGGCAUCCUGUUUCCCUCGCUCUGCUGCUGCUAUGUGAUAGCCAGAGUUUGUUUCCGUGUCCCCGUCAGCCAGACAUGCUGCCUCCCCCGCCAAGCAGUGAGAGCUGCAGGGACGGCCAGAUGAAACGGUGCCCCGCUAUCUACAACUGAGUUCAACUGGGGUUGAACGGGCAUCAUGUAAACCUUUCAGGGGAAGGAAGCUGUUGGAUUUCUUCUUUAAGUUACCUUAACUUUGAUCUGGGAGAUAUCUAGAGAUGUUCAGGACGAUCCAGGUGAUCUGUUUGACAGUGCUGCUCCCUGAAGUGGUUUACUGCGCUCAGGGCCAAUAUGCCCAGAAGCUCCUGAACGACCUGAUGGAGAAUUACUCCAGCGCCCUGCGGCCUGUGGAGGACACAGACAGAGCGCUCAACGUUACCUUACAGAUCACCCUCUCUCAGAUCAAAGACAUGGACGAGAGGAACCAGGUGCUGAUUGCCUACCUGUGGAUUAGGCAGACGUGGCACGACGCCUACCUGAGAUGGAACACAGAAGACUACGACGGUCUGGACGUCAUCCACAUACCCAGCAGUCUGGUGUGGCGGCCCGACCUCGUCCUCUAUAACAAAGCUGAUGAUGACUUCUCAGGACCAAUGGACACCAACGUCAAGCUGCGCUACAACGGAGAGAUAACUUGGGAUGCUCCUGCCAUCACUAAGAGCUCCUGUGUUGUGGACGUCUCUUACUUUCCAUUUGACAGCCAGGAAUGCAACCUCACCUUCGGUUCUUGGACGUACAAUGGCAACCAGGUGGAUAUCAUUAUGGGCAUGGAUAGCGGUGACCUCUCUGAUUUUGUGGAAAAUGUGGAGUGGGAAUGCCACGGGAUGCCGGCCACGAAGAACGUGAUAAUGUACGGCUGCUGCUCCGAUCCGUACCCAGACAUCACCUACACUGUGCUCCUGCAGCGCCGCUCCUCCUUCUACAUCUUCAACCUCCUCCUGCCGUGCUUCCUGAUCUCCUUCUUGGCUCCUCUGGGAUUCUACUUGCCCGCAGACUCUGGGGAGAAGGUUUCCCUCGGGGUGACGGUUCUCCUGGCUCUCACCGUGUUCCAGCUCAUGGUGGCUGAGAGCAUGCCACCGUCAGAAAGUGUGCCUCUCAUAGGGAAGUACUACAUUGCCACCAUGACCAUGGUCACGGCCUCCACAGCGCUCACCAUUUUCAUCAUGAACAUUCACUUCUGCGGCGUAGAGGCCAAACCAGUCCCACACUGGGCCAAAGUGCUCAUCAUCGACUACAUGUCCAAGAUUUUUUUUGUCUACGAAGUGGGCGAGAACUGUGCUUCUGGCUCUUCUUCUUCAUCAUCUUCUCACUACCUCCAGGAUGACUUUUGCCACUCGCAGGUUAACUCUCACAUUCACGCGAAUGGAAAACCUCGGGGCCCCGGCAGCCAAGAGGACCAGCAGCACCACCGCAAAUACCCCCGGCCCCAGCCCUCCAAGCAGCACCAGCAGCACAGAGUGAAAGUCCAGCACCACAUUACGAGAGAAGAGAGCAGCCAUCUCUCCAGAUCCGCACCUGGAAGGUAUGAAGGCUCCAACGGUAAAAUCACAACGAGCGACUGCUGCUGCAUGGAAGACCAGAAGCCUCCAGGUCACCUGGACGACCAGAACUUUCCAUGCUGUCCUGAAGACAAAAAGCCUCCACCUCAGGGUCCCACCGUGACCUUUGGCCCCUGUGUGUUUUGCAGCUUUGGCAGUGGGUUUCCUAACAUGGACACCAAGCUGGUCCGCAACGUGGAGUACAUUGCUAAUUGUUUCCGAGAGCAGAAGGCCACAUGUGCCAAGGGGGCAGAGUGGAAGAAGAUUGCUAAGGUGAUGGACAGGUUCUUCAUGUGGAUUUUCUUCGUCAUGGUUUUCCUUAUGAGCAUUCUCGUAAUUGGCAAGGCGAAAUGACCAGCCGGUGUGGCUGGAAAUCAGACCCAAUCAACGCUCUGUGGUCUGAUGCAAACUGACGAAAAGAUCGUAUCAUGGUAAACAUUUGCUGUUAUAAAUGUGUGGGAGUUGAUUUAUAGGGGUGCAAUAUGGAUGGAAAAGAUAGAAAAUGGCAGAGGAAAUUUGUUCUGUCAUUACAAGCAAUGUGUGCUAUACAUCAACAAGAAAAAUGUUGAAUUAACAACGUAAUGGCAUUUUAGACUUACAGAAGGUUUCUAAAAUGUCCAUUUUGCAAUUCAAGACUCAAAUUGUCAGAUAUCUCUGAUCAUUACAAAUGUUUUAUGUGAUUUGAUCUGUUUUUUUUUCUCACAUUUAAAAAAAAAUCUUUCUGUCUUGAAAUAAGGCUUUUGGUUAAUUUCUGCCCAGGUAACUUCUUGUAACUGCUCUGGUUUAAGAGUGGUUUACACAGGAGUUGUGACCUAGUUGUAACUCAGGUUUUAUUCUUGGCUCUUGAGUCUCUGGCCACAACCAUGACUUGUUAACCAUCCAGAGGUUUUUAUUCAAGAUGGUUUCACAAGCCUGUCAAUGCUAUUAUUAUCACCGAUGCGUUCGGCUUUUCUGCCAUAUUUUUCCUUCCACUCAACUUUCCAUUAACAUAAUUGAUACAAACUCUGAACAUCUGUUUUCUUAUGUAUGACUGUGAUGUCUAUAACAUGAUAUUUCUGCAUCAAAAAAAUCACAUUAAAAUUUGUAACAUUAAAAUUUUCUGGGUGACAAAAUUUUGAGUUUUUGUUCAGCUGUAAAAAAAAAAUCAAAAUUAACAGAAAUAAAAGGUUGAAAUAAAAAAAAGAAACUCAUCAGGGGAUCCCAAAUAAAAUUUUCAGUUCACUGUGAUCUGAAGCUCUUUGUUGCAAAUAAACUUUCAGCAUCUUAUUAAUUUGAGGUAAGGUUUUUCAGCUUAUGUUAGGAUCAUUGCUUCAUUUUCUCAUUAUCUUGAAACAUCAAAGCCCUGUUUUCUGAGAUUAUGGGAUGAUUUUUUAAAAUUAUUUUAAUGCAGAAAGUGUGAUGGUGAGAUGGUGAUGUUGGCAGGUGGGUGAAAACAUAAAUUUAUGUUAUAGAUGACCUCUGAGUGUUGCAAUAGUGAUGCUGAGGGAAGAAGCCACACGUUUUGAGACAUUAAUCAUCUUUUAAUCUUCUAAGAAAUUUCUAGUCAUUCUCAGUUUCAAUCUAUGUUGGUACAAAUGUAUUUUCUAACUGUCUUUCAUU